CUUUAAGUCUUUAAUCUGAUGUAUGUUGUCAUUUCAUCUUGAACUAGCGAACGAGGACACUCGAACCAAUAAUAAUCCGUACUCUGUUACAAUGUUCGAUCCAUUCCAAGACUACUUUGGCCUGAGUGGGCUAUUGUCCAACUGCAAACUAAAUGGAGAUUUCAAAAACUCUAGUCAUUUGCACACCGAUGAUUUCAACUCUAAUGGAGUCGAUGUUCCUGUCACUAACCCGGCAAUGGGCGAUCUGAACAACAACGUAGUGUCAAAUGCAAGCACAGCUGGGUUCCUACCUCUGAACGUCGAUAUUACCGAACUUUCGAAAGUGAUGAGAGGAGCGGGCCGACGCCCCAAUGGCAGAUCACUGGGUACGGCAGCCCGGCCACCGUCAUGGUGCGUGUUUUGUAAAAACAAUGGUGAAAGUGAGUUGGUCUACGCCAGCCACAAGUUGAAGUCCGAGGAUGGCAUCACUACCUGCCCAAUACUAAGGGCGUACACCUGUCCGCUCUGUGGGACGAAUGGGGACCGCGCCCACACCAUCAAAUACUGCCCGGUCAAUAAGGCCAAGGAGGAUGUCGGACCAGGUACCAUCGGACAGACGUCGCAAUAUCGUACGCCACGCACAUCAACCGGUCGAAGACGAACCUCCAGCAUCAGUAAUGCCAGCACCAGCGGCUUCAACUAGUUACGCUUUCGCCACUUCGGUCACGAUGGGAUUGUAAUGUAACUUAGUAUGGACCGGAUUUGUUUCAAGUUGAUUCAACGCAUCUUUGGAAGGUCGGAGAGUGAUUGGAAUUUUCUCUUUUUUGUUAAUCCUGGAUCUUGCCAGCGGAUUUUUUUUUCUUAUGUAAACUUGUGUCAAGAAGCUGUAACUGACGCUCUGAACUUUUGAAGUGGAUUGUGUUCACAGCUAUUGUGCCUUAUUUUUCAUUGUACGAAAGUGUGAAUAAUUAAUCAUGUCAAUGAUGUCAUUCUUAAGUUAUGCUCAACGUAAAAAAUCGACUCCAGCAGAGUCCAGUGCAGUGCUACAUGCUGACAUUGACAUUUAUUUUAGCUGGACUGUAUACUUAUAGACUUUAAUUGAAAUGUGAUUUUGUUGUGAAGGCAAGCCGUUUUUUUUUAUGGAAAUGGCUUUUUUACCUAUUGAAUGUAUAUUUAAGGAGUGAGCUUUCAUUGACAUGGGCCAUGCCAUUUCUUUGUUUGAAUCUAAAAUACUUGGUAUUGAGUCAAUAUUAAUGGCUGCAAGGUAAUGCAGACAUUAACAGUUCUCAUGCUAUUGUGAGAAUUAUUUUUUAAGUAGGUUUAUGUAUUUAAAAUGGAAUUUCAAUUCAUUUAUUUGAACUUAUGUAUUAUGUAUAUUUUUAGAUCAAUAUUAACAAAUUACCAUGUUAAAUGGCGAAUUAUGUAUCGAUUGUGAUUAUAUUGAUCAGAUUAAGACAUUGACUGAUAAUUUUUAAAAUGUACAAACAUUUUAAGAUGGAUGUAGUUAAUAUCUUUAGUGCACAAACAUUUUUAGUAGAUUGACUUGAGGUAGAAUUUGAGGUAGAACUUGUUAUGCCCCUGCAGUUAUGGUAGUAAUAUUAGAUACCUAUUAUGUAAAUGAAAGUUCUACAAUCAUAAUGGAUUCUUUUAAUCUUAAAGGAACUUGCCAUUUUUAUUUAUACAUGCUUUUUAUGUUACUUAAUGGUUAAGGAUGAACCUUAAUUAUUUACCUUCAAUCUGUCAUUGUUUCCAAGUGGGAAGCCAGAAAGUACUGAAUAUGUUUUAAUAAUAAUAGUACAGAUGUACUUGUUUUUGUAA